AUGAAGGCCUUCCUUUCCCACUUUCUCCUCCUCGCAGCUUCUGCUGCUGCUGCUGCUACCCGUGGCCAUGGCCUCGCCGCCAGGGUGGCUGCGCGCAACGAAAUGACGCGCCUUACUCAUCCCAAGCUUCCUGCUGACGAUAUCGACGAGUUUGAGACCGCCAACCGCACAAAUGUUGACUACAGCUCCAACUGGUCUGGUGGUGUUCUCACUGCACCUCCUUCGGGGACGACUUUCACCUCAGUGACUGCGCAGUUCACUGUUCCCAAACCAUCGCUCCCCUCGGGAGGCACACAAGAUUCAUAUGCCUCUGCCUGGGUUGGAAUUGACGGUGAUACCUACACCACUGCCAUUCUGCAAACUGGUCUCGACUUUGGUAUCUCAACCUCUGGACAGGUUAGCUACGAUGCCUGGUACGAAUGGUACCCUGACUACGCCUACGACUUCUCUGGCAUCACCAUCAACACGGGAGACGUUAUGCAGGUCACCGUAACCUCGACUAGCAGUAGUGCCGGCACUGCCGUCAUCGAAAAUCUGUCCAGCGGUCAGAAGGUCAGCCAGAGCCUCACUGCCCCCUCUUCAACCGCCACCCUAGGUGGCCAAAACGCCGAGUGGAUCGUUGAAGACUUUGAUUCCAACGGCGGCCAGGUUCCUUUCGCCAACUUUGGAACCGUGAAUUUCACCGGCGCUACUGCUGGUACCUCUGACGGCAGCAGUGUUGGUACUUCCGGUGCUGAUGUCCUGGACAUUUCGCAGAAUGGCAAGGUCUUGACUUCUGCUUCUAUCCCAAGCGACUCGGAAGUCGAUGUGAAGUACAUUGGUCAUUAA